AUGCAUCCAGAGAAAUAUUUACCUGAGCUGGUAGCGGAGAAAGACACACUGGACCCGUCCUUUGUGCACGCCGUGCGUCUGCUUUCAGAAGAAAUCGAAAAGUGUGACGGUGAAGAUUUCAGAAAAGAUGGCGACAUGAAGAAAUACCUUGACAUCAUCAGCAAUAAAAACAUCAAGCUCUCCGAAAGAGUUCUCAUCCCUGUGCAACAGUAUCCAAAGUUUAAUUUCGUGGGGAAGCUGUUGGGACCACGGGGAAAUUCCAUGAAGAGAUUACAGGAGGAGACGGGAGUGAAGAUGUCCAUCCUCGGCAAAGGGUCCAUGCGGGAUAAAGAAAAGGAGGAGGAGUUGAGGAAAAGCGGAGAGGCAAAAUACGCUCAUUUAAAUAACGACCUUCAUGUUUUAAUUGAAGUCUUCGCUCCACCCGGAGAGGCCUACUCCCGCAUGAGCCACGCCCUGGAGGAGAUCAAGAAGUUCCUGGUUCCAGACUACAACGACGAGAUCAGGCAGGAGCAGCUGAGAGAGCUGUCCCUACUCAACGGCUCCGAGGAGAGCAGAGGGAGGGGCGGGCAGAGCCGAAGCACGAGGCCAGCAGCCACAGCCGCAAGCAGGGGCCACAGAGGCACAACGAGGAACUCUGUCGCCCCCCGGGCCACGACAGCAGCAUCGCACACCAAACCCCCCACAGCUGUUGUAUCCAGAGACGCACAACCUCCAAGACCCAGGGGGGCAACAGCGAGCAACGCAUACAGACCGCCUCUAAUACCAGCUACGCACGAAGCAUAUGACGAUUACGGCUUUGAUGACGGAUAUGGAGGAGAGUAUGAUGAAGACAGUUAUGAAGGCUAUGAGGACAACUACAGCAAUCAGUCCAAGAGCAUUUCAGAUUAUUACGAAUAUUCACACGCAAACAGUGAAGACGCCUACAACAACUAUGAGGAGGAGUGGCCGACCUCACGCCCUGUUCUCAAAGCUCCAGUUUUACGGCUCACACGAGGAGGCUUUAGAAAACAUCCGUACGGUCGAUACUGA